GCUAAAUGAAGCUGAUAAGAAGACUUAGAAGGCAGGAGUUCCUGCAGGGGACAUUACCCCAAGGUGAUGUGAGAGCCACUCCCCUGCCUGCCUCACCAAGGGCCGUCGAGCGGGCCGAGGCUGGACACACCCAGGGCGAUCAGGGUGUUGCAGGCUGAGGGAAAACGCCUCCGAGCCCGACACGCGCCCCGGGCAAACCCGUUCUCAGGCGGCACAGAGCAGCCGCCGGGCAGCAGGGUGAAGUGGCCGCUCGCAGCCCCGCGGGGAGGGAGGUUCGAGCCCUGCCUCCUCCCGCUCGGCACAGCAGCGACUUCCUGCUCCCGGGCCGGGGUCUGACUCGGUCUCCGCUGCGGCGGGGCCUCUGCCUGGGGCGGCAGCAUGGCGCGCAGGCCCCGCGGUCGGGGGCUGCACCCGGUCCGCAACGAAGGGCCCGAACUCCAGUUGCAGGGGAGAUCCAACGUAGCCGAACGCGAGGGCCCAGCAGUGCCCGGCUCCCCCUGGAAGGACUUUGGAGCGGAGGAGUCGCUAGUUCGGGCCCAGUCACUGAAAUUCCCCUUCGCGGCUGGGGCACCUUUUGACAAGCCGCGCGUGAAUUUCACAGCCCUUGCUGCGAGUUGGGAUGUCUUCCCUCCCCUGCACAUGCAGGCACUGGGGCUUCAGAGCAGACCCCUCCAGACCCUCACGGUUGAGAGGACUGACCCGGAGAAGAUGCAGAAGCUGUACGAGCUGGUGCCCAGCUGGGACGCGCGGGGCAAGAGCCUGCUUCGCUUGGCGCUGAAAGCAACAAACAGGGCCCUCGUUGAAGAGCUGGAGGGGGGACACUUUGUCGAGUGGCCCCGAGAGCAGCUGAUCCAGCGAGCCUGCUUGGUGGACGAAAUCCUGGCUCUGCUGUGCGGCGCUGCUCUGGACAGGGAGCAAUACCUGGAGCUGUGCACCGAGCCGGGGAAGAUGCGGAAGCUGUACGAGCUGGUGCCGAGCUGGGACACGCGGCGUAAGGACCGGCUCUACCGGGCGCUGAAAGACACAAACCAAACCCUUGUCAAAGAGCUGGAAGCGUUUCACUCGCCCAGGGAGCAUUUCGUGGAGCGGCACCGAGAGCAGCUGAUUCGGCGAGUCUCCCCGGUGGACCCAGCCCUGAGUUUGCUACGUGAGGAGAUGCUGGAUGAUCAUCAGUACUGGAGCAUCAUGGCCGCGAGCUCCGACCCAGGGAGAAUGCAGAGGCUGUAUGAGCUGGUGCCGAGCUGGGACGCCAGGGAGAAGGACAGGCUCUACCGAGUGCUGGCAAUAACAAACCCGGCUCUCAUCAAAGAACUAGAGGUGCCUCUCUGCCCAGAGGAACAUUUUGUGAAGCGACACCAGGAACAGCUGAUCCAACGCGCGUCCUCGGUGCGCACGGUCCUGGACCUGCUCUGUGGGGAUGUGCUAAGCAACAAGCAAUACCUGAGCAUCUGGGCGGAGAGAUCCGACCCCCAGAGAAUGCGGAAGCUGUACGAGCUGGUGCCGAACUGGGACACCCUGCACAAGGACCGGCUCUACCGGGCGCUGGCCGCAACCAACCCAGGCCUCGUCAUAGAGCUAGAAGGGGAACACUUUGUCACGCGGCACCGGCAGCAGCUGACCCGGCAAGUCUCCCGGGUGGACGAGGUGCUGGCGCGGCUCCGCGGGGAUGUACUCGAGGAUGAGCAGUACCGGAGCGUCAGAACCGACCCAGUGAGGAUGCUGCUGCUCUUUGAGCUGGUGCCUCGCUGGGACACCCGGCGCAAGGACCGGCUCUACCAGGCGCUGAAAGCAACCGAGGGAGCCCUGAUCGACGAGCUGGAGGCGGGUCCCUUCCCUCUGUGGCCCCCGGCUUUCUCUCCUGCAGGCGCUGGUGGCUGCGACCAGGAGUCACCUGUGCAAAGAACCGGCGCAGGAGCUACAGGGGAACACUUCGUCGAGCGGCACCAAGAGCAGCUGAUUGAACGCGUCUCCUCAGUGGACAAAGUCCUGGAUCUGCUCCGCAGGGAUGUCCUGGAGCCGGAGGAGUACCGGAGCAUCAGGACCAACCCGGAGACCAUGCGGCGGCUGUAUGAGCUGGUGCAGACCCGGGACAGGACAUUCAAGGACAGGCUGUACCAGACCAUGAAGAAAAGGAACAGAGCCCUCAUAGAAGAGCUAGAGGGGGAACACUUUGUUGACCAGCACCGAGAGCCGCUGAUCCAGCGAGUCUCCAAUAUGGACCAAGUCUUGCGGCAGCUCCCACUGAACCCUGGGCAACGCGAGGGCAUCAUGGCGGAGGACAGCGACUCGGAGAAGAUGCGCAAGCUGUACAAGCUGCUGCCGAGCUGGGACGGAGAGCGCAAGGACCAACUCUACGAGCUGCUGAAGCAAACAAACGGAGCCCUCAUCGAAGAGCUGGAGGAGGGACACUUUGUCGACAGGCACCGAGAGCGGCUGAUCCAGCGCGUCGCCAACGUGGAGGCUCUGUGCCGGAAAGUGCUGAGCAAGGAGCAGUGCCGGAGCGUUGUCACGGACCCGCUGAAGAUGUGGAGGUUGUACGAGCUGGUGCCGAGCUGGGACACCGGGCGCAAGGACCAGCUCUACCGAGCGCUGAAGGAGACAAACCGAGCCCUUGUGGAAGAGCUGGAAGAUUCCUGUUUGGGUUGCCACAGGCUUGAAGCAUUUUGA